UAUCAUGGCAUAAAACGCACCAAUAGAUCGUAAAAUAUCAAUCGUAAAAAAUCUGAUCCAGCAUUUCAAAGUAGGAUCGGUCCCGGUACCGAUACCUGUGGUGUUUCGCCUGAGCAGAUACAUCAGACUCUGUGUUUAGAUACAUCAGAAUCUCUUAUCGUUUGUUGUCAGAUACAUCAGACGCUAUGUUUAGAUACAUUAGACUCUUGUUUUGUUUGUGAUCAGAUACAUCAGAGUCUGUGAUUAGAUACGUCAUAAUCUCUUCUCGUUGGGUAUCAGAUGCAUCAGACGCUACGUUCUGAUACAUUAGACUCUUGUUUCGUUUGUGAUCGGAUACAUCAGACUCUCACGUUUCAUUGGUGGUGCACUGGACUCUCCCCUCCUCAUUCGUGAUCAGACACGUCAGACUCGUUUUGUUUCUGAUCAGCUAUAAUCAGACUUUGUGACCAGACUGUCAGACUCAGCAUCAGUCUCUCAUCUGUUUCUUCAGGAUGAAACAUAUUGGACUGUCAUCUGUUUGUGAUCAGAUACAUCAGACUCUCGUUUCAUCUCAGGAUGCACAGGACUCUCACCUCUUCAUUCGUGAUCAGAUUGAUCAGACGGUCAUUUACUUUUCUGUGUUUAGACACAACAGACCCAUCCCUUGCUGUGAUUAGAUACACCUGGCUCUCCUUUCUUCCUUUACAUUUAGACACAACCGAAUCUCGUGUCAUUUUUUGUUCUCAUACACAAUUCUUUGCUUUGUGAUCGGAAACAUCAGACUUAUCUCUUUCAUUGGGAUGGGACCCAUCAGAAUCGUAUCUGUUUGUAAUUAGAUGCAUCAGACUCUAAGUUCAUUCUUUGUCCUGCAUAGGAAUUUUUACGCCUUCGCUUGAGAUCAGAUUCGUUUCCUUCUGUUAUUAGGCAUACCAGACUCAUCUCGUUUGUGAUUAGAUACAUAAGACUUUCUUGCUUUGCGAUCAAAUCUGAUCUCUGCAAUGGGUAGAUAAACACCCCCCCCAUCCAUAAUGAGUCUUUAUUGAUGACGUAUACAUUACAGCACAUAGAAAUUCUUUUCUUCGCAUACUCCAGCAUGUUAGGAAGUUGGGUUCAGAACGCAGGGUCAGCCAUGAUACAGCGCCCCCUGGAGCAGAGAGGGUUAAAGGCUUUGCUCAAGGUCCCAACAGGGGCAGCUUGGCAGUGUUGGGGCUCAAACUCCCGACCUUCUGAUCAGUAACCCAGAGCCUUAACCGCCAAGCCACCACUGCCCCAUUGUCCAGGGUGUGGGGGCACACCCCGAGUUCCCUGGGAUAGGGUCCAGGCUUCCUGUGACCCUGUGUAGGAUAAGCGGUAUGGAAAAUGGAUGGAUGGAUGGAUGGAUGGGUCUCGUUUCAUUGUCUUAAAGUUGAUUUAAGCUAGGUCAUCCGAAAUCUACAUCCUCCCUCACCGUCUUUUUACAAUUGGUCCACUGCUAACACACUCUGGUCAGCUUAGGAAGGAUGUGUUAGAUAGCUGAUUGGUUGGAUCAGGUAUAGGUUAGAGCUGGGGAAAUGCCGAAACACUUCAGAAAGGUUACCAGGAACGGCUGCUACAUGAACAACGUGAACGACCCCCGAUGCGGUUUCGUUUGGUGGUUUCUACGAGUCCGCGCGUUCUCGAGUCCGAACGCAUGCAGAAUAUAUUUCAACGUGAAACGAUUUGAAUUGUUUGGCAUGGUAAUGAACCGAUCACCGGUUGCCAGAGUCUGGCCAUCUGUGCAGGACCAUCGCAGACGCUGAUAUUACAGAUGUCCAUCAUCCAGUAAGUCCAUUAAAUCAGCAUUAUACCACGUUACCUCAAGGGCACCGUGACAGACCACCAUUAUAUGGCUUAGAGGUGAAUGAUAUAACAUUCUGGCUCAUUAUCAACACAUAAAAUACCAUCAUUAACCUUCAGGAACCAGCGGGGUUUCAAUAAAAAUCUAUCAUUGGGUGGAGGUUCUGGUUUGAUGUGUGUAUUUCACAACAGGUAAAUCAGUGCAGUGUGUUAACUAAACGUUUUCAUUUUCUUAGCACUAUUACCUAACUGAAAGAUCAGCGUGUGUGUGUGUGUGUGUGAUUUCCUUGCUCACUGUUCUGUGUUCUUAUGUCAGAGGGGGCCUCUCUCUCUCUCUCUUUCUCUCUCUCUUUCUCUCUCUCCCUCUCUCUCUCUCUCCCUCUCUCUCCCUCUCAUACUCUCCCUCUCUCCUCCUCUCUCUCUCUUCCUCUCCCUCUCUCUCUCUCCCUCUCGCGCUCUCUCUCUCUCCCUCUCUCUCUCUCUCUUGCUCUCUCACUCCAUCUCUCCCUCUCUCUCUCUCUCUCGCUCUCUCUCUCUCUCACUCCCUCUCUCUCUCUCUCUCCCUCUCACUCUAUCUCUCUCCCUCUCUCUCUCUCUCACUCCCUCUCACUCUCUCUCUCCCUCUCGCUCUGUCUCUCGCGCUCUCUCUCUCUCUCUCUCUCUCUCUCUCUCUCUCUCUCCCUCCCUCUCACUCUAUAAGGUGACCUGCUCCAGCUGUGAUCCUCCAUAAAGCUCCAUGAGCCACACACUCACACCGGCUCUCUGCGGAUUUAACUCCAGAUUUCUAACCGGUGACUCAAUUCUCUGAGCGAGAGGUGGAACACACAGUAAAAAAAACAAAAACAAAAACAAAAACAAGGAGUCUACGGAUAUCUGACCGUUGUGGACUGACUCUGUGAAGCUGUUGCUGGAUUAAUCCUUUUUAAUCACCUGGAAUAUUCAAAAUCCGUUCUUUUUCCCCCCAGGAAGGUGAGAAAACGUUUUCUCCAAGGAGUGUAAGGAUGCAAGCGUCUGUGUGCGGCGUGCUGCUGUUGAUUCUCAUUGCUGCUGGAGAUGUGAGUACACAGGAUCUAUUGAGAUGUUUCUGUGAUGGUUAAUCUGUUUUUAUAUUAAAAAAAAAAAAUUCCUUUGACAGCGAGGCUUUUCAGCAAGGACGCAAUUACUCUAAUGAUUCUCACGUGACUUACUGGCAAACUUUGUGAUGUAUUGGUUAUAGAUGUAUUGGUUAUAGGGAUGGAAGAGAAUACGAGCGUGUUAUUCGGAUCGAACAGGUAACGUGCUCUAGAUUCACAGUGCAUUGGGACACCGAGAAAAAAAAAAAAAAAAGUAACGCGAGCGUGAGGUGGAGAUAGGUGCAUGGUUGUCAUCGGUGAAGUUCACGGGACAAAGUGUACAUUUCAGGAUAUACUUCCUUCCCUGGCGAUCCCAUCACCUGUAUGACGGCGCAAGUCCGUCACGACCUUCGUCACGAAAGCACUCUUCUGAUACGCUUCACCGUCUCGCACCUCUUUCAGACAUUUAUACCACCAGUGAAAGCGCGUCUAGGUCACGGUCGCUUUGGGAGACGGCGAGGUCGUGUUGAUGUUUUCGUAUAUACAGUAUCCUGACUCAGACUGUGUUCGCUGUGUGCUCAAAGCACGUUGCAGGUAUUGAGUAGAUGAUGCCGUGUGCUCACCCGCUCCUGCCUCCCCCUGCUGUGCUCUACCAGGUGGUGCGAGGCUGUCCGGGGCCGUGCUCGUGCCCCCUGACGCCCCCCUCGUGCCUGGUGGGAGUGAGCUUGGUGCUGGAUGUGUGUGGCUGCUGUAAGGUGUGUGCGCAGCAGUUUAACCAGGACUGCGGCCCAGACAAACCCUGCGACCACAUUAAAGGCCUGCGCUGCCACCUAGGGGCCGGAGGAGACCCGCAACGCGGCCUGUGCAGGGCCGAUACUCAGGGUCGGCCGUGUGAGUUCGGCGGACGCGUGUACCAGCACGGCGAGGAUUUCCAGCCCAGCUGUGAACACCAGUGCAGCUGCAUGGACGGCGUGGUGGGCUGCAUGCCGCUCUGCCCCCACCGCGUACCCCUGCCCGCCUGGCACUGCGCCGAUCCCCGCCUGGAGACGCCGCCGGGCCGAUGCUGCGAGGAGUGGGUGUGUGGCGACGACAAUCGCAUCGACGAAGAGCCCCGUGACACGCCACCCGCCCGGCCGCAUACGAACCGCAUCAACAAACUGCUGCACACGUUCAGCUACGUGUCCAGAGCAGGAGACGCCUUUCAAGAGACGACACCGCUGCCCGUGUCUCGAAUUCCUUUUCCGUCCUCCGAUUGUGUUCCUCAGACCACAGACUGGUCCGAGUGCUCCGCCUCCUGUGGCUUCGGCGUGUCCGGCCGCGUGACCAACACGAACCCGCAGUGCAAACUCGUCCGGGAGACGCGUCUCUGUCAGAUCCAGGAGUGUGACGCCGUGCAGACCGUCUGGAAGGGAAAGAAAUGCAGACGGACGCGGAGGUCCCGAGAGCCGGAGCGCAUCUCGUUCCGUGGCUGCACUACAGCCAGGCGGUACCGGCCCAAAACAUGCGGCUCGUGCGCUGACGGCAGAUGCUGUCGUCCGUCUGAGACUCGCACCGUACGCCUGCGCUUCCGCUGUCCCGAGGGAGACAGCAUCACACACAACAUCAUGUGGAUCCAACGCUGUCGCUGCAGCAAGAGCUACUGCAGCGCACACGGAGACAACUCGCCUCCGUCUGUUAGCCUGCACAACGACAUCCACACCUUCUCCCACUCGCCCUGAUCACACAGAAUCAUCCGCACCCCCCUCAUUAAAGGAGAUGAUUUAAAACACACACACACACACACACACACACACACACAGACUCGUACACAAUUCUGUCGUUCAGCUAAGACGUAAAUUUCGGGGUCUGAAAUUUGCUUCUUUUCGUUGUUUUUUUUUUUGCACCGUCACUACGAUGCUAAUUCAGCUAACAAAUAAGUAGUAGCAGCAUGUAGUAGUGCUAUCUCAUGCGGAACUGUUUCCGUAAGUCCACACGCAGGUAUUUAUACAGUAUCCUUUUGCUUUAGGCGACAUUGUUAAACGCUGCGAUUUCAGGAAGUCCACUCCAGGCGGUGGGAGAAAGCAGCGACGCAGACGGCGAAGAAAGCGGCUUAAUGUAUGUUUUCAGUCUCAGCUUACAGAUCCUGAUCCGAACGUGUUCUCGGACGCGACUGGCCAGAGACGAACGUGCCGUUAAAAAUUCCCGGACACCGCUAUAGAGACAUCGCAACCUCCGCCCAAGGAAGGCUUCUCUCCGAGCUCCGAGGAGCGCUGUGCUGAUGGACAUGAGCUUCCGUGCUGCGCAGACUCAGUUUCAGAAUCAGUGUUUCCGGUAAUAUGAGACACAAACGGAUGACUUCGCACACACUCUUUGCACCGGUUUAUUCAAUUUCGUUGUUCAGAGUGAAGCCGAAACAACAUCGGAGCGGGAAAUAACCAGUAAUGUGUAGCGCAGUUUGAUGCGUUCUUUGCUACGCGAGUAAAACCUAAAAAUAACAACGUUCUGAAAAACUGCUUUUUUAAAUGAUUUGUUCACUAGUAAAAAAAAAAAAAAAAAAAAUGAAUACUACCAGACACCAAACAUAUCAUUGAUAACUGAUACAUUUGAGGAAAACGUGUGUAAAUAUAGUGUUGUUGUUGUUGUUUUUUUUUAAAUUUGCCAUAAUGCUCUCCCUACGUUAAGACACAGAGCACAGAGACUGUGAUGAGAUGUUCACCAGGAAUGGAGUUCUCCAUGACUCCAUCCACAACCUCAGUGUAGAACUUGCACUUUUUCUUUAUGCGGACCUACAAAGGGGUCGUUUCUCCCCCUGCUUCACAUCCGGCAACCAGAGAACGUCUGGGAGAUCCGUGUCUGUCUUUCUGCUGAGUGUCUUCGAGUGUGUGACUUCUGCUGACAAAAACCUGGACUUCUGGAGACCAGGUCCUGCUGGGACCUGAGGUGUUGGUUGCUUUACCGUAUUUUCCAGAUUAGAAGAGACUUUUUCAUUGGCGUAGCCAGGAAUUAAGUGUAGGAAGGGACGAGGGAACCAAUUCCACCAGUGUUCAGGACCGUCAUAACAACGUUAAGUACUUUUUGACAGAAAUUCGAAAAUAAAACACGGAUUAUUGUUUCAGAAUCCAGGCAUUAGCAAAGGAGAAAUUGUUUUUUUGUUUUUUUUUUCGUUCUUCUUCUUCUUUUUUAGUACAAUAGACAUUUCUUCUGCUUCUUUGUAAAUGAAAAUUCUUAAAUCGUAAACAAACUGUGAUUGGGCCAGAUUUUGAAACGAUAACCGAACAACCGAUCGCGAUUUAUUGUUUAAAAUUCCUCUUACCGUCGCAGAUAUAGAACGACCAAAAAAAAAUAAACGACACGGACCUGUUAACGUUCUACUGAGAACGCUUCUGAUUGGCUAAUCCCGUUUCGCACCAUGACAGCGAGCAGCUCAAUAAUACGUGAUUAAACCGUGUAAAAGGGAUCGUUCGUUCGCUCUGGACUGUUAUAUGAAUGUCAUUACAGCGCAGUUAUUGUUAUUUGACGUGUCUACGAUAUCCCUUAGCUACACCUCUGCACUUUUUUUAACCCGCCAGCACGUGUUGCAACUUCCUGCGUAACUAUGUUAACAUUAGCACACUCAUUUUUGCAUUAGCGUAAAGCAGGAUUGAAUUUUUUUGUACGAAAAUCGUGCGAUUAUGCCAAUUUAAAUCCAUGUCAUGUGACCACAGGAAAUGUACAGUCGUAAACAUAGCUAGCUAAUUUAGCUCUCCGUAAAACAUGCCACUUUAGGAAAAUAAACAGCUGUGUUUAUUUCUCCUGAUUCUCACUCGUGCCUCGAAUGCUUCGAGCGAAUCUGCUGAACAUUUAGGGCAGAAUUCAUCAAUCCGCCGUAAGCUGGAACCUACAGUCCACCGUACAUAAUUAGCUGUUAAUGCCGUUAGCGUUACGUUUAUUUAUCCCUCCUUUCCGACCUCGAGCUUUCAGAUACGCCGUGUCUAAUCAUUUCUCCGUGACUCUCUAUCACAGUCGGUAGGGAAAGACGACGUGCACUAGUUUGCGAGAUUUUAGGAAGUCAGACGAGGACACGGACGUGUUCUAGCGAGACAUGGUGGCUUCACCAAGAUGGCCGUCGGAUGGAUUCAUCGGUCAGAGCGAAAUAAAUAUUGUUUGACUUAAAUACUGUAUUAUUCCGUGUAUUGUUUGUUGUGUUGUGCUUUACUAACAGACUACAGAAGUUCCGACACUUCCUCGUGUGUGGUUUUUUAAUUUUUUUUUUAAAUAUGGGUAUUUGUGGAAAAGACUGUAAUCCUGAUGAUUAGUGUGUAAGAGACUGUAUUAUUAGAUGAUAUCUAUAACAUCAAGGCUUGCUUUUCCUUUUUGUACAGUAUACAGGCUUCACGCUCGGUGGAGUGACCACGAUUUUAGAGAUUGCUCCAUUUUUUGGGGUGUAAUUACUUUAAAUUCUCUGAGCUGCUCUCUUGUGUAAGAGUGUGUAUUGUAAUCUGUGUGUGUGUGUGUGUGUGUGUGUGUGUGUGUAUGUGUGUGUGGUUACGAUGCUGGUUGAUGUUGACCUUCAGUGUUAAAGUCAAAUACAGUAAAUAAAAUGUUUAAAAGAAGCUGUUUCUUUGUUUUAUUCGUCUAGACAGACAGACAGACAGACAGACAGACAGACAGAUAGAUUAGAUUGAACAAAGUAAUUCUCAGGUGUAAUGAUUAUUUUUGUAUCAUUUUGCCAAUUUCGGGGUGCAAAUAAUUCUGGAGUUGACUGUAGAUAGAUAAAGGGAGUCAAUAGCAAAACUAUUGGCACCCUCAUAAAUGACCAUUUUAAGUACCUAAUAACACACACACACACAUAUCUAUAUAUCAAUCUCUCUCUCUCUCUCUCUCUCUCUCUCUCUCACUCUCUCUCUAUAUAGAUAGAUAGAUAGAUAGCUAGAUAGAUAUAGUGUAAUUAUAUGUCCGUAUACAUUUACAUAGCUUAAGAUAAAUCGAGUGCUUUAACCGUCUACAU